CCAAGCUCCCGCCAAAAGAAGAACGAGAGAGAAGAAUUGCGAAACCCCCGCAGCUGGAGCUCGUCUUCUCUUUCGCCACUCCCUUCAUCGAUCGCGCAACCGAAAAUGGGCUAUCUGGAUCGUCUGGAAUCUUGAGUGCUCCAUUUUUGCCACAUCGUUUCGAUUUGCGGAUGUUGUUUGUACUGAGUUUUGUCGACGAAGCGUGGACUCUCGUUGGAAGAGAAGCGAGAGAAGAUGCUUCAGAUAUUCUACGAGUCGCAAGACUUCUUCCUUCUAAAGGAGCUUGAGAAAUUGGGACCCAGAAAAGGUGUUAUCACCCAGUCUGUCAAAGAUGUUGUUCAAAGCUUGGUUGAUGAUGACCUAGUCUCGAAGGACAAGAUUGGAACUUCUGUAUAUUUCUGGAGUCUUCCUAGCUGCGCUGGAAACCAGCUGCGAAAUGUGUACCGGAAACUUGAAUCUGAUGUCCAAAGUAGCGAGAGGCGGCUGGUGGAGCUAGCUGAUCAGUGCAAUGCAUUAAAGAAGGGAAGGGAGGAAUCUGAUGAACGAGAGGAGGCUUUAAGCAACCUAAAAAAAGUAGAGGAAAAAUACAAUGAGUUGAAGGAUGAGAUGGCAGAAUAUGCAGACAAUGAUCCAGCUGCCUUUGAAGCAAUGAGGGAUGCAAUAUCAGUGGCCCAUGCAGCAGCCAAUAGAUGGACAGACAAUAUUUUCACACUGAGACAGUGGUGCUCAAACAAUUUUCCAGAAGCCAAAGAACAGCUAGAACAUAUGUACCAGGAGGUGGGAAUUACUGAUGAUUUGGACUACUUGGAGAUGCCAACAGUGGGAAAUUAGAUACCGCAGGGUCAAAUGGCAUAUACAUCAGGAGUUGCAUCCAAUUGUACCUUGAUUCUAAUGAAAAUCUGUGAAACUGACAACACAUUGUGCGGUAGUUGCCAUGGUCUGAUGCCUGAUUCAAGCUUCCUAGACUUGUAAAGCUUAGCUGAGCCUCUCUGAAUGUGGAAGCUAAAUAGGUUUUUUAGCUUGAUGAGAUUGGAAAUGAUGUGUGAUUUGAUCAUACAACUCAGUGGCUCAGUGGAAACAUACAUCGACAGUAGUCUC